AUGAGGAGAUCCCAGAGGUGAGGAGAUCCCAGAGCUGAGGAGACUCAAAGCCAGGAUGGGGUCAUCAAUGAGCCGCACUGUGGAGAUCCGGAUCAGCAACAGGACCCAGAACAUCACCUUGAGGAACCCCAGGACCUAUGAAUCUGGCUUCUGCACCAGAUCUCCCCGGUCAGAGUUGCGCCCCAGUUCCACUGACACCUCCCACUUCGUGAACUCUGGCCGUUUCUGUGGCAUCGCUGGGAUCCUGGUCUACGAGGCCGAUUCCUUCACCUUGGCCAUCUACUUCUCCAACCCCUUCGACUACAACAUGUACUCCAUAGAGCUGGGCCUGGAGCUGUCCCUGAGCAAGGCCCACGUGGGCAGUCUGGCCGAAAUCUACGCCCGCAUGUCCAAGGGCACCUACUCCAGCUCCUUUGUGGACGCCGAGUUCAACCGUGUCAUCGUGGAAGAGAACCAAGGGAUUGCCUGGUUGAACAAGGGCCCGAUUAAGGUGAUGGCCACCAUGUCCAACACAAGAAACUCCACCCUCAAAGUGAUGCUGGAGGAUCAGGGGGGACUUAAUGAGGAAGCCAACAUGGAGACCCACAGAAACGCUGCCAUGAGAAGUGAGAACCUGCAGGACCCCUUGUGGGACCUCCUGGUCAGCCCUGGAACCCUGAAAACCCUGAAACACCCCUAGAAACCUUUAGAUAUAACUGG